CUCACCCUUGACCCUUAUCCUCCCUUCGUGUCCACGCCGGUUUGCUAGCUGAUUUACUGACGCAUUAAUAUUGGGUCGGCUAGGAGACAGGGAAGAUGGCGCUGAGGAGAAUAGGCCCUCACGGGCCCACCACUCUUCCAGAUUAACUUAGAACGCGGACCUUUCUGACGUCGAAAUGGGAAACCUGCGAAAGAUCGAGCUACUUCAAGCCGAAGUUGACGAGGAUGACCAAAGCUUUUUCCGCCUUCUGGUCGACAAUCAGUCCAUAAAAUACAUUACCAUCGACCCUGGCGUCUACAGCGCCGAAGAUAUGUACUUUGGCCCUUCUUUAGCCUCGAUCCUGCCAGAACUCCCACCCGGCGAUUGGAACGAUGGACUAGUCACCAAAGACGCAAAGAACGGCAGAGCAUAUUUUGCUUCCGUCAAGUCCACUCAAAUUCCUGGGGUGCGAAAUCACUGGCAUGGGACAUAUGUGGACUACUUGGGGCUUUCGGUCGGACGAAAGUUACGAACGGGUCUCUACGAGGUCAAGAGCCCCUCCCUUGAUUGUACUGCUGUCGCCAAAUUCGCCCGCUUCCCUUGGGAGAUUCAAUACAUCGAGAACGAAACCUCCGCAUAUCAAUGGAUAUCGGGACAUGACAUCGGGCCCCGAUUUCUAGGUCACUUGACUGAAGACGGCCGGGUGAUUGGAUUCUUGAUGGAACACAUAAGCAACGCGAGGCACGCGGGCGCUCAGGAUGUUGAAACCUGCAGGGAGGUCUUGUCUCGGCUACAUGGCUUAGGGAUCCUCCAUGGGGAUACAAAUCGAUUCAAUUUUCUUAUCCACGACUCUAAAGCUACGUUGAUCGAUUUCGACACGGCUCGGAAAUGUGAUGACCCAGACGUACUGAAACAGGAGCUGGAAAACUUACCAGCAUGCCUGAAAGACCUCUCGUCAAGAGGAGGAGGAGGUCUUCCCUAAAGGAUCAUUCUGUCUUCACAGAAAUGGGUGUUGGUGGAGGUUUCCUACUUCCUCUGAUAAUAUACGCUGAUGCCCUUGGGACUGCCUCCUGUAUUUCCGCGGCUAGUUCAUGCAAUUUGAAUUUGUGACCUAUUAUUGGCGGCCCGAGUCCACGAAAGAGAACUGCAGAUACGGAAGAUGACUGCCAUGCGAUUUCGGACUGGCAA